AUGAUGAACGUCGAGAAGAAGGUUCCUCUCGAGGACGUGGCUCCCGAGUUUGAAAUCGGGAACGGCGUCGUCAAAGUUUCCGCAGAGAUAACGGAAGAAGAGAAGAGGGUGAGGUGGAAAAUUGAUCUGGUGGUCUUGCCGAUGAUGUGCCUCGUCUUCUUCACGCAAUACCUCGACAAACAAUCCCUCUCCUACGCCUCCGUCUACGGCCUCCUCACCGACCUCAACCUCACCAACAACCAAUACUCCUGGCUGACGAGCUGCUUCUACCUCUCCCAGCUAGCGUCAGAAUGGCCGUUCAUCUACCUCAUGAGUCGACUGCCGAUCGCCAAGUUCGUGGGCUUUACGGUCAUCCUGUGGGGUGGCGUGUGUAUGUGCCUCGCGGCGCCGAACAAUUUCGCGGGGUUUGCGGCCGUGAGGUGUUUGUUGGGGUUUACGGAGGGGGCGGUCAGUCCGGCUUUUAUUACGAUUACCUCGAUUUGGUAUAAGAAGGAGGAGCAUCCUUUGAGGGUUGGGAUGUGGGUUACGUGCAAUGGCCUGGCUCAGAUUGCGGGCUCGCUCAUGAUGUACGGCAUUGGCGAGAACCUAUCACACCUGUCCAUACAGCCGUGGCGGGUCAUGUUUCUGGUUGCUGGCGGCGUCACGAUCUUUGCUGGUAUCCUCUUCUUCGUUUUGAUGCCAGCAGGCCCAGAUACGGCGUGGUUUCUCACACCUGAGGAACGAACCGUCGCAGCACGACGUCUAGCCUCGCAACACGACGGCGGCGACAAGACGACUUUCUCUUGGGCACAGUUCAAAGAAGCAUGCCUAGACCUCAAGACCUUUCACGUCUUCAUGUUCGGGCUCUUGGUCACUAUGUGCAGCCCCGUGCUCACCUUCGCAUCCUUGGUGAUCAAGAAUCUCGGCUACACAUCUGGUGAAACCCUCCUCUAUGGCUCGCCCUCUGGAGCGGUACAGAUCUUCUUCAUCUGGGUCGGUGUAGCAGCCUGCUGGUUCUUCCCCAACAGCCGCAACCUCACCGUCUUACUCCUCAGCAUCGUCCCUCUCGUGGGAUGCAUCCUCCUCACCGUCCUACCACUCGACUCAGGCUGGGGCAUGAUCGUAGCCAGCUGGCUAGCAUCGGUCAUCAGCUCCCAAUUUAGCGUUCUCAUGUCACUCUCCGCUAGCAAUGUGCGUGGCAACACCAAGAAAGCCUUCGUCAACGCCGUCUUCUUCGUGGGAUAUUCAACUGGCUGCAUCGCCGCUCCUCAGCUCUGGACCGAGCCUCCAAGAUAUUCAGCCGGCGUGAUCUGUGCUCUCGUCGACUGGGGUCUCGUCUACGUUUUCAUUCCUUCGUAUUGGUGGUUAUGUUACCGCGAGAACAGCAAACGAGACCGUCAGCAAGGCCAAGUCGCUGGCUCAUUUGUGGCGGGCGCAGAUGUCACCGACAAAGAAGACAAAUCGUUUCGAUACACCACAUAG